CCUGGGAAGGAGAGCUGUCUGAGGCCCGCGGCCUGGUCGCGGUCGGUCUCUGAGGCUCCGGAAGGCGCAGUUUGCGGGACGCUGGUUCGGGGUCCCCGUCGCAGAGCCGAGAGCCUUGCUUGCGCGGGCCGAGCUCGGCCUUCCACGCUCGGUUCUCCGCGGGCCCUGCCGUGAGCCAUGUCUCAGGUGCUGUAAAACCAGGCUGCAAACAGGGGCUUAUUACUCAUCCUGAACCCAAGGGAAGAAGCUGCAGGUUCCACCCUGGGAGGCCCUUGUACUGUAGCCUUCAGCGUCUUGUUCGGCGACAUUGCUAAGUAUCACAGCUAUUUCUUCAGAAACGGGGUUAGCUGUGGUAAACUUGAAUGUGUACCCCUUAAUCGGGAGCUGCUGCUGUCUGCUACAGCCAGUUGUGCCUACGAAGAAAUUCUUGCCAGCUCAUAUUAAAAUAGGCUGGUAUUAAGGAAAAUAUACUCUCCCUAUUACACGUAAAGGGAUUGUCUUCAUUAUUCAUAAAGCGUGGUGAGAUCUUAAGAAUUUUUGCAACCAAAGCCAGAAAUUCAUGUUGUUCACAUGUAUAGUCCUUUAUCUUCCACAAAAUUGUAAAUUAUCUCAGGACAAAGCAUGUAUAUUUUUUCGUCUUUUCUCCAAUUAUACAGUAAAACAAAACAACUAGUGUCUUCCUUAUACUCUUAAUAAUUACUCAGAAUCUUGAAAACUGUCAUUGCGCUACUUGUAUACACUGUCCACCAUACACAGUGGGACUCAUUUCACUCCUUGAUCAGAGCCUUUGGGAGCAUGGGUGCUGGUUGUGCAGAUGUCUGUGUGUCAUUUCAGGGGUCAGUGACAUUCAGAGAUGUGGCCGUAGACUUCUCCCGGGAGGAGUGGGAAUGGCUCCAGCCUGCUCAAAGAGAUUUGUACAGACAUGUAAUGUUGGAGAACUAUGGCCACCUGGUCUCACUGGCAGGUCUUAACAUUUCUAAGCCACAUGUGGUUUCCUUACUGGAGCAAGGGAAAGAGCCGUGGCUGGGGAAAGAUGCGAGCAGAGGUCUGUUUUCAGCUUCAGAGUCAAAUGGUGAGAUCAAAGAGUUUUCUCCAAAAAAUGUCAUAUACGAAGAUGAUUCAUCCCAGUAUUUGAUAAGAUCUUCAAAUCUUUCAUUUGAAAGAUUUCUAAGCCAAGGCCUUGAGUAUUCCAAUUUUAAAGAAGGCUGGAAAUGUGAGGGUGAUACUGAGAUGCUGCAGGGAAAUCAGGGAUAUAUCAGGCAAGUGACAGUUUCCCAUCAAGAAGCCCUGUCUCAACAUAUGAAUGUUAGUACUGUGGAGAGACCCUAUGGAUGCCAUGAAUGUGGAAAAACUUUCAGUCGGCGCUUUUCCCUUGUGUUACAUCAGAGAACUCAUACUGGAGAGAAACCAUAUGUAUGUAAGGAAUGUGGGAAAACCUUUAGCCAGAUCUCAAACCUCGUAAAACAUCAGAUGAUACAUACGGGAAAGAAACCCCAUGAGUGUAAAGACUGUAAUAAAACAUUCAGUUACUUAUCAUUCCUCAUUGAACAUCAGAGAACACAUACUGGGGAGAAACCCUAUGAAUGUACCGAAUGUGGAAAGGCCUUUAGCCGUGCCUCAAACCUCACUCGACAUCAGAGAAUUCACAUAGGAAAGAAACAGUAUGUAUGUAGGAGAUGUGGGAAGGCCUUUAGCAGUGGCUCUGAACUCAUUCGCCAUCAGAUUACACACACUGGAGAGAAACCUUAUGAAUGCAUUGAGUGUGGGAAGGCAUUUCGCCGUUCUUCACACCUUUCCCGGCAUCAGAGUGUCCAUACCUCCAAAACCCCCUAUGAAUGUAAUGAAUGCAGUAAAGCCUUCCGUUGCCACUCAUUCCUUAUUAAACAUCAGAGAAUUCAUGCUGGAGAAAAGCUCUAUGAAUGUGAUGAAUGUGGUAAAGUUUUCACGUGGCAUGCAUCCCUUGUACAACAUAUGAGAAUUCAUACUGGAGAAAAGCCCUAUGCAUGUACUGAAUGUGACAAAACCUUUAGUCGGAGCUUUUCCCUCAUUCUACAUCAGAUAACUCAUACUGGGGAGAAGCCCUAUGUAUGUAAGGUAUGCAAUAAAUCCUUCAGCUGGAGCUCAAACCUUACUAAACAUCAGAGAACACACACACUAGAGAACCCCUAUGAAUAUGAAAAUUCAUUUAACUACCACUCAUUCCUUGCUGAACACCAGGGAAUUCACACUGUAGAGAAAACCUAAGAAUGUAUGGAUUAAAAAAAAAAAAAAGCAGCUAAUGCCUUACUUUGACUUCAGAGAACUCUUGGAAAGAAGCCUUAUGUGAAUGUGCUUAUUGUGAUGAAAUGUGGUCUCUGCUUUAUUCAGUAUUCUGGAGAAAAACCCAAGGAAUGUAUGGGAAAGCCAUUAAUAGCUGCUCAUUCUUUUUGUAAUACCAGAAGAUGGAAUCAAACAAUACUAAGAAGACUCUUCAUCUGGUAGGAUUCCCUUAAUCUACAUUUGUAAAUUCCUAUCAGGAAAGGAUACAUGUCCAAUAAAUGUGAGAAAACUUUUAGAGAUUAGGUCUCAUUCUGCAUCUGUCAGCUCAGGACAGGACAGAACACAUGGGUAAGGGUGUACUUUUUCCUGGACAUCAGAAAAUUCAUAAUGAAGGAAAGUCAUACAAACAAUGAUUUGGGAAUGCCUUCAUGUACCAUGCAAUAUUUAUUAAAUUCUUAAAUACUCUUCUAAGGAGAAAAAGCAACCCUAUAAAUGAACUUAACAUAGAGUGACUUUCUGCAGUAUUUCAAACCUACAGAAUUAUCCUGGGGAAAAACUACCAUUGUAAUGAGCGUGGCAAAGUCAUAAGAGUUCUGAGAAGUUAUACUGGAGAGAAUCGGUGUGGGAGGAUUUUUUACAGGGGGAUGUUUGUUUGGGUUUUGUUUUUUUGUUUCAAAGCAAAUUCAGAAAAGCUACGAAUAAAUCUUGAUUCAUGGUAAA